ACUACAGCAGGGAAUUUCACCACCUGGCGCAUGAGGGGACAGGAAGGGAGAAACUGCACCGUAGAGCAAGCAGUGUCAAGCAUCCUAAAGGCAUCAGGAAGAAGAGGCACAGCUAAAGGGGAGGCCAGCAAGGGGGGCUGCAGAGCGAGCACCUAAAUAAGAAACACUAACGGAGAAGCUACCAAGUCAACAGGAAGAAGAAGCACGAUUUUCUGAAGACAAAUGAGGGAGGAGGAGGAGUACAGGAGGACAAAAGGGAACAAGAGAAGCUGAAAAGAAAGGAGUGAAGUGGCCAGUCUGUCCUUCCAUCUCCUGCUGCCCCCCAGCACCACAAACGUCCUCAAUGCAAGGCCCAGUGCGUCGUGCCCCCGGCUCGCUGUGGCUCCAGGACGAGAGCAGCGCCGCAGUCUCACCAGCAGUAGAGCACCUACGUUACAUCCUCGGUGACGAUGACAUGCCGACACCCACCCUCUUCACUGAGAUGGACACCCUACAGCACGAUGGCACCGAGCUGGAAUGGAUGGAGUCGGCCAGGUGGGUAAAGUUUGAGGAGAAGGUGGAGAAGGGUGGGGAGCGCUGGAGCAAGCCGCACGUCUCCACCCUCUCACUGCACAGCCUGUUUGAGUUGCGCACCUACCUGCAGGCGGGCACCACCCUGCUGGACCUGAGGGGCUCCUCCCUGCCCGAGAUCGUGGAUGGGAUUGUGGAGCGGCAGGUGGAGGGGGGGCUGCUACCACCCAGUCUGAAGGAGAAAGUCGCCUUCGUCCUGCUCCGCAAACACCGACACCAGACCAAGAAGCCCAUCCACCGCUCUCUGGCUGACAUUGGCAAGUCUUCCUCUGCAAACCGCAGUCCGAGCUGCAGCCCCCACCCGGGGAGCGGCUUCCACUGCUCCACCGAGGACCUCCGGGCGCGGCAGGCAGCCAGCUACGGGCACCUGUAUCACGCACAAAGUCGGAGUAUGAAUGAUAUUUCAGACACGCCAAGCACAGACCAGCUGAAGAACAAGUUCAUGAAGAAGAUCCCGCGUGAUGCCGAGGCAUCCAACGUGCUGGUGGGGGAGGUGGACUUCCUGGAGAAGCCAUUCGUGGCCUUCGUCCGCCUGGCACAGGCCACCACUCUGGCAGGACUGACAGAAGUUCCAGUCCCCACAAGGUUCCUGUUUGUGCUGCUUGGACCUCAGGGCAAAGGCAGGUCCUACACUGAGAUUGGCAGAGCCAUAGCCACGCUCAUGGCAGACGACCUCUUCAGCGACGUAGCGUACAAGGCCAGGGACAGAGAUGACCUCAUCGCCGGCAUUGACGAGUUCCUGGAUGAGGUCACUGUGCUGCCACCUGGAGAGUGGGACCCCAAAAUCCGCAUUGAACCCCCCAAGAAGGUGCCCUCUGCUGACAUGAGGAAGUCAGUCUUCUCCCUCAACGAGCUGGGCCAGAUGAACGGGAUAGUGGGAGGCCCAGCCACUGAAGAGGACAUACCAAUGCCACACGAACUGGGAGAGGAGCUGGUCUUUACUGGAAAGUUCUGUGGCGGCCUGUGUCUGGACAUCAAGCGGAAGCUGCCCUGGCUUUUUAGCGACUUCUAUGGGGGGUUCCACAUCCAGUCCAUCUCUGCCGUGCUCUUCAUCUACCUGGGCUGCAUUACCAACGCCAUCACCUUCGGUGGGCUGCUGGGGGACGCCACAGACAACUACCAGGGUGUGAUGGAGAGCUUCCUGGGCACGGCCCUGGCUGGCACCGUCUUCUGCUUCUUCGGCGGCCAGCCCCUCAUCAUCCUCAGCUCCACGGGCCCCAUCCUCAUCUUCGAGAAGCUGCUGUAUGAGUUCAGCAAGAAUAACAGCAUUGACUAUAUGGAGCUGCGUCUUUGGAUCGGCCUGCACUCAUGCCUGCAGUGCUUGAUUCUGGUUGCCACGGACGCCAGCUUCAUCAUCAAGUACAUCACACGCUUCACAGAGGAAGGUUUCUCCAGCCUUAUCUCCUUCAUCUUCAUUUCUGAUGCUAUCAAGAAGAUGGUGGCCUCCUUCAACUACUACCCUAUCAAUAGAGGCUACAAGCCAGAAUACGUCACCAUGUACAAGUGCGAGUGCCAAGCCCCCAGUCAGUCAGACUCCCUGUUCAACGUCUCUGGCCCCACAUCAGCGGACCGCACCAGCGAUCUCUCCGCGCUGAACGACACAGCUUUAGAUUGGAGCCAACUCAGCAAGAAGGAAUGUCUCAUCUAUGGCGGCUCUCUCAUCGGAAACUCCUGCAAAUACGUCCCGGACCUGGCACUGAUGUCCUUCAUUCUCUUCUUCGGCACCUACUCCGCGACCGUCUCACUCAAGAAGUUCAAAUUCAGCCGCUACUUUCCCACCAAGUGCCGCACCCUCAUCAGUGACUUUGCCAUUAUUAUUUCCAUCCUCGUCUUCUGCAUGCUGGACCACCUGCUGAACUUGGAUACCCCCAAACUACAUGUUCCCACAGAGAUCAAGCCAACCCGCUCGGACCGGGGCUGGAUUGUGAAGCCAUUUGGGAAAAACCCGUGGUGGAUGAGUCUAGCCAGCUUCGUCCCUGCACUCCUCGUCACCAUCCUCAUCUUCAUGGACCAGCAGAUCACUGCUGUCAUCGUCAACCGCAAGGAAAAUAAGCUUAAGAAAGGGUGUGGGUACCACCUGGACCUCUUCUGGGUUGGGAUCCUGAUGGCCACCUGCUCCUUCCUGGGGCUGCCUUGGUAUGUGGCAGCCACCGUGAUCUCCAUCGCCCACAUCGACUCCCUCAAGAUGGAGAGCGAGUGCAGCGCGCCAGGGGAGCAGCCACAGUUUCUGGGAGUGCGGUGAGGAGGGAGCAGAGACUGACUGGGAUUUUGGUGUUUGUCCUGACGGGGGUCUCCAUCUUCCUUGCACCUAUACUGCAG